GACCCAUCUCUCUCCACCAGGCCGGGGCAGUUGAUGGUUUUGGCGAAGUAUCUUAAGGUAGCUGGGCCUGUCCCCCCUUCCGCACCUGCCUCUUGUCAUCCCUCCCACACCACUACCACCCUGGCUCCCCUCCCUCAUGACCGCCUGGAUCCUCCUUCCCGUCAGCUUAUCAGCAUUCUCCAUCACUGGCCUAUGGACUGUGUAUGCCAUGGCCGUGAUGAACCGCCACGUGUGCCCUGUGGAGAACUGGUCCUACAACGAGUCCUGCUCUCCUGACCCUACUGAGCAAGGGGGUCCCAAAAGCUGCUGCACCCUGGACGAUGUCCCCCUCAUCAGCAAGUGCGGCACAUAUCCCCCAGAGAGUUGCCUCUUCAGCCUCAUUGGCAACGUGGGUGCUUUCAUGGUGGCCCUGCUCUGCCUGCUGCUCUAUGGGCAGCUCCUGGAGCAGAGCUGCACCAACGCUGCAGGCCUCGUGGUGGUUGGAAACUUUCAGGUGGAUCAUGCCAAGUCUCUACAUUACAUCGGAGCUGGUGUGGCCUUCCCCGCUGGGCUGCUGUUUGUCUGCCUGCACUGUGUCCUCUCCUACCAUGGAGCCACCGCCCCCCAGGACCUGGCUAUGGCCUACCUGCGGAUCGUGCUGGCCGCCAUCGCCUUUGUCGUCCUGGUCCUCAGCGGCGUCUUCUUCAUCCACGAGAGCUCUCAGCUGCAGCACGGAGCAGCCCUGUGCGAGUGGGUGUUUGUCAUCGACAUCCUCAUUUUCUACGGCACCUUCUGCUAUGAGUUUGGGGCAGUCUCCUCAGAGACACUGGUGGCUGCGCUGCAGCCUGCUGGCCGGGCCUGCAAGUCCUCCGGGAGCAGUAGCACCUCUACUCACCUCAACUGUGCCCCCGAGAGCAUCGCCAUGAUCUGAGGGCUGGGGAGGGUGGCUGGCCCAGCCUCCACUACUCCCCACCCCAGGUCUUCUCUGCAUUCAUUUUAUACCAAAAAAAAUUUUGAGAAAGUAUUCUGUUGGGAUAUAGGCUUCAUCACUCCUGGAGGAGUGGCCAUCCCACAUCCACCUGUGCCAUACAGGAGCGGGCCCUGGCAGCUGCCUGAGCUGCGCAUGACCCGCUCCCCACUCUAGUAUUGUCUUUAUGUUUAAAGGUCACACAUCCUCAGUCACCCAGCCGCCCCUUCAGGUGCCUUUAUACCCAGUGCCGAGGCCAGACCACUGGGGUUUCCUGCUGCAGGAACUGGGGGCUGGGAACAGCAAGAGGGAUAGUGAUGGGGGGUGGGAGGGCAGGGGAGGGUGAGCACACCUUAGUCUGUGGGAAGGCCCACUUUUGGGCCCACUGGACUGCACUGGGAUUCUUCACUCUGUCCCUUAUAUUCUUUAGGGCAAGUACACAGGAGAACCAUGUGGGUAUUUUAGUACUUUUUUUUAUAUAUCUAUUAAAAGAAUUCUAAUUUGCA